AUGGGGGCGAAAUUUUUGUCGUUUCAGUGCGGUAAUGUGAUUUUUCGGGAUUCUCUUAAUUUUUUUAACAUGCCUUUGGAACGCUUGCCGGCCACGUUUAAUUUGAAGGAAGCGCAUAAGGGUUUCUUCCCUUAUUCUUACAUUUCUGAAGACAAGAUUAAUUACACUGGACCCUACCCAAAAGCAGAAGAAUACCAUCCCGAACGAAUGAACGAAAAACGGAGAAAGGAAUUUUUAACUUGGCACAAAGAAAAAGUUAACAGCGGCGCCAUCUUUGAUUGCCAAAAAGAACUAUCUGCGUACCUGAAAAGCGAUGUCCAAGCGCUAACGGAAUCCAUGGAAACAUUUGCCACUGAAAUGUUAGAGCUGACUGGCAUAGACCCUACGGUGGAAUGUGUCACCAUUGCAAGUACGGCGUUUAAAGUUUUCCAGACCAAGUUUUUGGAGCCGUACACGAUUUCCUUGGAACCUCUCGGCGGAUGGCGCCACAACCAGCAGAACCAGAGUGUGGAGGCCCUGCAGUGGCUAGAAUUUGAAAAUGCCAAGAUUGGUGGUGGUAUUCAGGUAACUAUUAAGAAUUUUAGAAUUUAAGAUGCAGUCAAAGUCUACACUUAAGAAAAAUUAGUUGCAGUGUUUUACUGCAAAUUUCAAUUUGUGAAAUGUUUUCGACUGUGCAAACACAUUUGCACCCUACAAAUCAAAAAUUAGAAGGAAAUGUAUGGGAAAUAUACCUAAGAAGUCUGCAGAUUUUAAAAUACACUUGCAGUGUUUUUCUGCAAAUUUCAGUUAUCGAAAUGAUUUAUACUGUGCAAACGCAAAUGCACGAUCGAAAUCAAAAAUUAUAAUCUGCGGACCGCGCAGGAAACAAUAACAUUAUGUUUCUCUUUUGCAGCAUGUACCAAAUUCAUUGAAUGGGGAAGCCAAAGUCAUCACCCCAGCCCAAUCUUACAACGUGGAUGGCUAUCACGCUGCCAGCAAUACGGUCUACGAGUACCAGGGUUGCAUCUUUCACGGCUGCAGACUUUGUUAUCCAAAGCAAGGACACAUGAAGCGUUUCUGCCAUCCAGAUCGAACCGUGGACGAAGUCUAUGAGGCAACCCUCAAGAAAACGGCCAUCCUCCGUGACGCAGGGUACAACGUGGUUGAAAUGUGGGGGUGUGACUGGACCAAACAGAAAGAAACCGAUCCCGAGCUCGCAGAAUUCCUUAAAAACUUCGAAUUUGUCCCACCGCUUGAGCCGCGAGACACGUUCUUUGGGGGUCAAACGGGCGCUGCGACCCUGUACGCCAAAACAGCAGGAGACGAAGAGAUUUCCUAUGUGGAUUUUACAAGCUUGUAUCCGAGUAUUAACAAGUACGGUGUCUACCCUGUGGGAUUGCCGCGAAUUAUCUAUCGUCCAGAAAACCAGAACAUUAACGGUUAUUUUGGUCUCGCGCAAGUCAAUAUCCUGCCUCCUGAACGCUUGUUCCAGCCCGUUCUACCUGUCAGGGCGGGGGGAAAACUUACUUUUCCUCUUUGCAGGUCCUGUGUUGCAGAAGAGAUAGCGAAUCCCCUGCUAGAACGAAGCAAUAUGUGUGGUCACACACGCAAACAGCGCAUGUUGAAAGGGACUUGGUGUACUCCGGAACUACAGAAAGCGGUGGAGAAGGGGUACCAAAUCCUAAAAAUUCAUGAGGUCUGGCACUUUGCCGAAGAAAAUAGACGCGAAGGCCUUUUCGCAGGGUAA